UCCCGUCCCUCAUUAGGAGAGGUCAUGCAAACUGCAGGCUGCUCCAGCAAGUCAGACUCAUUUCACAUUCAAAUCCAGAUGACAGGCUGAAAACUAUGGAGCCUACACAGAAGAGGACCUCACCACCCCAUGCACCAGGAGAGGACAAGUAAGAACCCCCUCUACUUUCUGUAGUACCUGGGCUAUGAGUGCUGACACACCUGUUACUGCAUGCAAGACCUUACUGGAAGAUGUAGCAGAGCUGAACUGGUCAUUUAGCUAGUCUGUAACUCGUGUGUACAUUUAAGUAGCUGAGUUAGACGGAAAACAGAGGCAUGCCGCGCCCACCUCUGACCUUUAAUGGAAUAUCUUGCAGGUGUUAAGAGACCUUAACCAAAUGGGGUGCAACUGCUGUAGAAUGCUGAACAGUUACAUGUUCAAACCACAAGAACAGCCGACAAAUGGAUAUGUGAAUGAAGCACACAGCUACGAUCAUGACCGUUCCAUGUCACCAACUAUAAAGAUCAGUGAACUUAUGAGUGAGGGAUACAACAUAAUAGAACGAGACAGAUUCACUGGCUCACAUGAUUUGUACAAUGGGCCUGAAAAGAUCAAUGCUAGAACUGAUGAAGCAGAUUCCACAGAACCAUACAGUUUCUCAUCAUAUGCCAUUUUAAAUGGGAACUUUAUAGGUGAUGACAAAGAACAAGAUGCCCAUUCCUCCCAAUCUCAUGACAACCUGCAGUCAACACCUACUUCCAGCCAAGAUAGGCUAGACACAUCAAAUGACCACAGAACCAAUUCUGACGAGCCAGAAUGCAUUCAGCAUGAGCUAUCUGGAUCAAUGCAGGAAAAUAUUUCUCUUACAGAAAGUGCAAUACUUGAGGUCCAAAGUUGUAACUUACACUUAGAAUCCUCCAAUGACAUUGGAAAUAUCACACAGUUCAUUAGUCUUCCAAAAGAGGCACAUCAUGUACAUGACUCUAACAAAGAUCCUUCAUACACAGCUGCCCAUGGAUCCAGAUCCCCAUCAGAUGACCAUGUAUUUAUAGAUAGGUCAAGGCCUCCUUCAUUGGUUCACCUCAUUAUCGAAAGAAGUGCAGCACGGGGUUCAAAGAAAGGUAUACUAGUUACAAAUGGACCAUACCUGGAAGAGGAUAUGGAUCCAGAUGUGGCUGAAGCACUAGCAGCACUGGCCGCUGCAAUAGCCGGUGAAGAAUAUGAGGACUGUUAGGGAUCUGUCAGCAGUGGCAUGUGGAUGCACUUUAAAGAAAGAAUCAAACUUUCUAGAGAAAGACAAGCUUAGAUUUUCACAUCUUUGGAAUUCAGGAAGUUCUGGCUGAAAAUUGUUAAAGUCUAUCAGAAAAAAGAAGGAAAAUAUAUUGAAUAUACAAUAAAUUAUCAAGGGCAUAGGA